AUGAACACGCUGGCCUAUGCGCGCUAUCAUUUGCUGCACACAGCCCCGACGCCGCGCUGCUGGCGCGGCGCCGCCCGGCACAUUGCCAGGGCGGAUUCCGGAACCGUCGGCAGCGACGUCCCUGUGCCCGCCGCGGCGGCGGCGCUGGACGAACCCUCGCAGCCAGCCCCGGUGCAGGAGCAGGACCAGGAAGCCAGCAGUGGCGACCGCUUCAAGGGCCUCAAGGUGUUUGUGGCCGGCGCCACCGGGGGCACAGGGCGCGAGGUGGUCACCGCGCUGCGUGAGAGGGGCGUGCCCGUGGUGGCGCUCGCGCGCGACGCGGCGGCAGCUGUCAGGAAGCUGCCGGAGGUCGGCGAGGGCCUGGAGAUUGUUGAGGGCGACGUGACACAGUUUGGCACCCUGGGCCCCGCCCUCCGCGGCGCCAACGCGGUGGUGGUCGCGACGGGCACCAGCGACCCCAAAGACCCCCUGGGCCCCCUCAACGUGGACUUCAACGGCACCCUCAACCUCAUAGAGGCAGCCAAGCGCGCCGGGGUGAAGCGCUUUGUCCUCGUCACCUCCAUCGGCGCCGAUGAGCUGUUCAACCCCCUCAACCUUUUCUGGGGGGCCGAGCUCGCCCUGGCCCGCUCCGGCCUCACGUUCACAGUCGUGCGCCCUGGCGGCCUCAAGUCGCGCCUGAGGCAGGGGGAGAGCUCUGCCGGCAACAUCGUGUUCGGGCGCCCCAACACCUACGGCUUCCCACCCCUGCGCAAGUCCGGCUCCAUCCUGCGCAGCCAGGUGGCCGAGGUGAUUAUUGAGGCGCUGGUGGAGGACGCUGCGAAAGACAAGGUGGUGGAGGUCAUCGCGGAGACAUCGGCGCCUGCUCUGCCGCUGGCGGAGCUGUUUGCCAGCGUCUGA